AUGCUUGUAUUUGACUAUGCUGGUUAUGGUGUCAGUGAUGGAAAAGCCACAGAACAAAGCGUCUACGAUAGUGUUGAAAGAGUCUACAAGUACGCGAUCGAAGACUUAGGCUAUGCCCCUAAAGACAUUGUUCUAAUAGGAUUCAGUUUGGGUACAGCCGCUAUGGUGCACAUUGCAUCGAUAACACCCGAUCUUGGCGCAAUGGUGCUCAUAGCUCCGUUCACUUCACUGUGGCGGGUAAUCCUUCGUCGUCCAAAUAUCACGGAAUCGUCUCGCCUGGACAUGUUUCCAAAUUACGACAAGGCAGAGAACAUCAAAUGUCCGACGCUCGUCUGCCACGGCCAGGACGAUGCGAUCGUAGAUCACCACCAUGGCCUUGCUAUGAAGGAGAGGAUAGCAAACAGCGAACUGUUCCUCAUUCCUGCCAGCCAUCAGGGUAUAUUCUGUGAGAGAAAGAUGUGGGAUGAUGUUAAUCGAUUUCUUCGCGAAAAAGUGAACAUCACCGGCGCAUGGAUGGAAGCGAUACAGGAAACCGCGUCGGACGUAUCAGCAGUGAUUUUUGCCUAA